AUGAACGACAACCAGAUAACAACAUUAACGGAAAAAGACAUGACUGGACUACAAGGCUUUAAAGAAAUCGAUAUGAGGAACAACCCCUUAAACUGCACCUCAAUUCACCCGGACAUUUUGGAGGUAAUCUUGAGCGAUUGUACUUUAAAGGCGACCCCAAGUCAGCACUCGUACCUGACAUUACGGACAUGCGAAACGCUGCUAGUAACCACACGACUGCAAUAUGUAAAAAAAGUAAAUAAAGCGCACACAACACCGUUAUUGGGUACACGAGCGCAUAACGGAAAAAGUGAAGUUAAUUUAAUGUGGUUGAUUGUCUUACCGGUUCUGGUCGUGUUAGGAUUGUGUGCGUUCAUUUUGAGUCGCAGAAUGCGACAAAGAUACCGCGUCAUCCGCGCCAUACCCAUGGAAACGAGUACGCUGAGACAAGCUGAAGACGACGACGAAGAAGUAGUUCUGUUUGAACUCAAGGAAAAACAAUGUUGA